CCUCGACGCUGUCCUUAAUAUUGCUGCUGUCAGAACGUUUCCACCCAGUUAGCGAAGUAUUCGUACACGCAACGAAACACCGCUUCGAAAGUCACUGACAUUCAGCAACGUUGAAACGGAUUAAUAUAUUAAUAUAUAAUCAGCAAAAUGGCAGCAAGUCAAUAUUACCAUGUACAGUGCACACCCACCGUGUAUCCGGCCGAUCCCUUCGAUCCGGAAGCCGACGCGAAUCUUUUGCGAACGGCGAUGAAGGGUUUCGGGACUGACGAGCAGGCCAUCAUCGACGUUCUGGCUCAUCGAGGCAUCGUGCAGCGACUGGAAAUCGCCGAUAAAUUUAAGACUAUGUUCGGCAAGGAUCUCAUUUCCGAGCUGAAGUCCGAAUUGACCGGCAACUUUGAAAGAGUCAUCGUCGCUCUGAUGACGCCUCUUCCCGAGUAUUACGCCAAAGAGCUGCACGACGCAGUUUCCGGCAUGGGCACCGACGAAGGCGCACUCAUCGAAGUUCUUGCGUCUUUGAGCAACUACGGCAUCAAGACAAUCUCGGCCGUCUACAAAGAUCUGUAUGACAAGGACCUGGAAGACGCAAUUAAGGGCGACACUUCCGGUCACUUCAAGAGGCUCUUGGUAUCGUUGUCCUGUGCCAGCAGAAACGAGAACACCGACGUGGACGAGGAGGCCGCGGUUCAGGAGGCUGAGAGACUUCUCGCCGCGGGCGAAGGACAAUGGGGCACGGAUGAGAGCACCUUCAACGCGAUUCUCAUCACCAAGAGCUACCCGCAAUUGCGAAGGAUCUUCAAGGAAUAUGAACGCAUCGCUGGCCAUAGCUUGGAAGACGCUAUCAAGCGAGAAUUCUCCGGUUCUCUUGAGGACGGCUACCUAGCUGUGGUGAGAUGCGGCCGCGACAAGACUGCUUACUUCGCGCAAAGGCUGUACAAAGCUAUGCGCGGAUUCGGCACGACCGACUCGACAUUAAUUCGCAUAAUUGUGACGCGAUCGGAAAUCGAUCUGGGUGACAUUAAGGAAGCUUAUGAGAGACUGUACGGGAAAUCCCUUGCAGAAGCUAUCGAUGAUGACUGUUCAGGCGACUACAAGAGACUCUUGCUUGCCCUUCUGGGAUGAAAAUAUUUCGAUCGUGCAACAGCUUCUUUUUAGCGAGAAUAAAUAUCUUAAAGUCGCGGAGAUUAUAUCACAAGAAUAUGUUUUGUUACAUCCUGCAAAUACCUGAUUAAAUCAGUUCCUUAUACUUUUGCCGAUCGUUAGUGGUGAAUAUGGUUUUACUCGUGUUACGUUUUGAGUAGAGUGAUGCAUAUGUAAAAUAAAUUAUAUAAUAACAAGAAACACGUGUCUCUAAUGCACCAAUCUCUAUGAAGAUCUCUAUGGGCGACAUUCGAUCUAAUAAUUCACGUUACACACUAGCACAAAUGAAGUAUUAUUAAUUAUUAAUCGUUAUAAAAAUUUGCUACUCAUUGUACUAAUUUCAUUAACUAUUAUACUAUGCAUUUCUGACUGCAUGCGUGUCUGUAUUAUUUACGUGCACAUAAAUACACGAAUCUCGAUUUGCCUGA